CAGAUCGCCGUAUGCUCCCCAUGGAACAGAUGCUAAAUUUUAUACAAUCACAAUCAAGUGGUGUUACAGAGGAAGACAUCCAAAAACAGUUUCCCGAUCUAUUAAAGGACCAGAUACUCAACGAGUUAACCAAAUGGCAGCUGGAAAACCGAAUUAAAAGAGAUAAGAAGAACAAAAUAAUGUACGUAAGAAAUGCGGAGGAUGAUGAGAGAAGUGUUUUGGAGCAGUUAAAGAAGGCGACGAACCAGGGAUGUACGAUACGUGACAUAAGACUAGCAACGAAACUGCCACAAAAUCUAGUUAGCAAAAUUUUGAGGAAGAUGCAGGAUAUGAAGGUCGUUAAAGCGUUUAAAGGGCAAAAAAACCGGCAAAACAUCUUCAUGAUCUUUGAGGAGACUCCUGAUGAUGAGGUGACCGGCGGAAUAUGGUUUAACAAUGGCGAUGUGGAUGCAGAAUUUGUGAAUCAGCUUACCAAAUUAAUAUACACGUUUAUUAGGAAUAAAACACGUGAAUUGAUACCAUAUGAACUAAAUCCAACGAUAGAAGAUAUAAAAUCGUUCAUAACAGAGUCAAACGUGCUCUCAAUUCAUAUUAGCACAGCAGAUCUAAAAAAAAUCAUUAAUGUGAUGGUAUACGGGCAGAUAUUGCUGGAACUUCAAGAUGGUGGUCGUACAAUGUAUCGAGCACUGCGUUGGAACGAACAUGAGGUUUUGGGCUGAACCUCUGUAAUACUGAACCUAAUAGAACAAUUUUAUGGUACCGCACAGAACAAUUAAUGGCUUAGGACACGGUUACGAAUGUUCCUGUAUGCCCCAACACGAAUACUAUUAAAGAUAUUUCUCGCUGUUCUUUAUCCUGCUAAUUUCAUUUGACGCCAUCCUAGUGUUAAAUAAAGC